CAACGACGAGCGCGCACACACACAAACACAGAGCAGAAAAAAACGAUUUGUUGGAAUAUCACUUCUCUGCAGGAGAGAACAGCCUAAUUAUAUGUGUCCCGCUCUCUUGGCGCGCUGUAACGCGUUUUGACGCACGGCGCGAGCGGAGCGCUCGCAGACGUCGCGAGACGGACAGUGCGUCGCCUUUUGUGGAGUGUCGCUCCCGAAAGAAUCAAUGCAAAUAUUAAAAACGCGCCCGCGGAAUUGCAAGCCAUCUCCCCCACAGCGCAAAAUGCCAAAGUCAGUCUGCCGAACAUCAAGGUGCACUGGUCAGUAAACUGAUCACCCUUUUCCGGCAUCAUUUCAUUAAUAAAUGAUGGGUAUAAUCUAAACCAUGGUCCAACUGAACGCCUGUAACGUGAAACGAGCUGGACGUUGCUUUUUGCUUUCAUUGAGACAAAAGGUCGGCGCACCCAUACAAAAGGUCCAGGGACGCCGUGGAAGACUUCUCACGUGUUUUGGUUAAUUGUCAGAGUCUUUGAGGGAUAAUUAUAGACAUUGACUGGAUGCAGAACGCGGUUCUCCAAUGACCUGUCACUCAUCUGACUCCACGGAAAGCAUCGAGAAUGAAAGGAGCUCGCAAACCGAAACCCAAGUCGCGGAGUCCGAUCAGAGUCGCAUAGCCACUGCCAUGAGAGACCUCGAAAAUACCGGCUGGUAUUGGGGCAGCCUGACAGCCAACGGAGCCAAGGAGAUCCUGCAGGAUACGUCAGAAGGCACGUUUCUGGUCCGAGACAGCUCUCAGAGGGACUACCUCUUCACCAUCUCCGCCAUGACGUCUGCCGGACCCACCAACUUGCGGAUCGAAUUCAAGGACGGCAAGUUCAAGCUGGACUCUGUGGUGCUGGUCAAGUCCAAACUCAAGCAGUUUGACAGCGUGGUGCAUCUCGUGGAGCACUACGUUCAGCUGUCCAGGACGUCUUGUAAGGGGAGGACUCCUCUUGCCCCGUCCAAUGGCACAGUGCAGCUACUACUGACAACUCCUGUGUAUACAUCUAUACCAUCUCUGCAACAUAUGUGUCGAAUCGCCAUCAACAAGACCACGCGGCAGGUUCGGGAACUUCCAUUGCCAAACAGGCUGAAGGACUAUUUAACAGACUAUACCUACAACGUAUAGAAACCUGAGGACAGCAAUGACCAAGAGUGCUGGGUUUCAUGGAAUCAGUGAAAUUAAGUCUUGAUAUUUGUGAUUAUUUACCUGAUUCUUCCUCGUGUGCCCAAGGACUACACAGAAAAUCACAAUAAUGUUAAGUGUCCUUCAUAGAGCAUUUAACACGUUUAUAGCCUGUAGAUAUUCUACAGUCAGUUUUUAAUGAGUGAGUGUGUUUGUCUUUGUGUGUGGGGGGGCAUACUGGCCUACAUAGACAUCUGUCUUACCUGUCAGAUGUACGUAACACCUCAAGAUUUGGCCACGUGCGUGUUUUAAUGCAAGUGUCUGAGAUACUUUUCAUCCCAUGUUUGACACAUGGGAAACUGUACGUUUUCGGUUUUUGACUGUUUUUAUUCGCUUAAUAUUCACGUUAUAUUUUGUACUGUAGUUGUAGACAAAAUGAUACGUUGAACUGUUUUCUGCGUCUUGAUUGAGAAUUCUCAUUGGUUGAGAACGUUUAGCCCGAGGAACUGCUGAGUAGUGGUAAGCACCUUGAGAUGUGAUAUACGUACCGAAAUUGGUGUCGUUGUGAUGAUUUGUGAUAUCACGGUUGAAUUACUACUACUGAAACCCAAUUGAAAAUAACAAUUUACUGUAAAAUAACUAGCAUGCAUUAAACAAUUCAAAACUGAAACGAUACCAAAAAACGUAAGGUUUAAUGUACAGGAUUACACAAUAGAACAGUUUGCCAAAAAUGAAGUUGCCGUUUUGUGUUAAAGUUGCGCAACUUAUAAAUAUUUCACCGACAUGUGUUGAACCAAGAGGUAAUUUAGCAGGAUGGUUUAUUUCUGCUUUGGUUACGAAUGGUCAACAAGUUUUGGCCUGUGAUAAUCCUACCUCAGGAGGGCGUCUUGAUAAACCUGCAUGCUGAUUGGUCAAGUAAAGAGAAUAUUUGAUUCUGGAAUUGUUUGACAGACCAAAGGAAUUUGCUAAAUCUGAAGUUUGAUUUAUAUUCAUUUCAGUUGCUAAUUUUUACUCUCUCCACAUUGGUGUUUGUGAGAAGACUAAAGGGAAAAUUGCAUUUUCCAUUCGAAAUGCUCACUAUCCUCCUUUCUAUUUUGGUUUAACAAAAUUGGUAUGUACCUUCAAACAUUGGCUGCUCAGUGCUUUAGUCUCCAUUCGCUUGAAUGCUCAAUUUAUGCACCUUCUAUGGGUCUUUUCCAUGAUUUAGCCUUUCAAGUAACAUAUUUUAAUAGUAUUACCCCAAUAGCAUUGCUCUGAAAUUGAAUACUAGUAGUUAUACUAUUGGCAUCCCCAGUAACAAAUUUCAAAUUUAGUCAUAAAAUGGACACAAAAUAGUUGAAAAUCCACCUCGUACCAAUCCGCCGAAUUAAACCAACAUGUUUUACCCAUCUGCACUGUAAAAAUGAACUUUCUUGACAUUAGCAGAACAGUUUGCCAUAAAUUACUAUUAUUUGGACUGCAGUAUUUUUACUGUUCAACAUUUUAUUAAAAAACAAAUUUGAGAGACUGUUUUAAAUAUGUAAGUUAUAAAUUUUAAGAAUUUUUACAUUUGCCAAUAUCGGAUGCUCUUGUGCUUUUUCGGAGCAAGUAAGAAAAUGUCUUGUUCUUGUUCGCAAUUUUACUAUGUUAAGAUUUACAGUAAAUUACAAAAGUGUUAUUUUUACGCCAUUCAGAGUAUAAGUUCCCAACUGUGAAAUACUGUACAGAAAUACAGUGUAAAGUAACCAACCAUCCACAUUAGCGAUAAAUAUAUCAGAGAAAUAGAUAAUAGUGUACAUCACUAGAAUCAUUAGAAAAUUCAGUAUAAUGAUGUUGUUUCUCUCGAUGUCUUCCUUAAUGACAUAGUUUGGGUGGGAAUCUUACAUAUGUCUAAUUUAAUCUUUUUGUCGCUACAAAUUUCCAUUAAAUCAUUUUACAACAUUGUUCUGGAAGAGGAGUGAAUAAACUGUCUCCCGAAAAGUGAGAAAUAAAAGCAAAGCU